CUGUGGAUUGAGUUAGGUAAGCCUGGUGGUGGCUGAAGUCGCUGCUGUCCCGUUAUCCUCUGGCAUUUCGUCGAACAUCUUCUGAGCUCACAUCUUCUUAGUUCUUCAUUGUCCAAAUCCAAAUCAAAUCCUUAACGUCACCCCUUCGGAUUCAAAACAUCCCGAUUGGUUAAUGCAGUGAUCCUUGCGGACUGUUCUUAGGGAUUCUGGUGUGGGAUUUUCUGUUUGGCUUGCGAGAAAGUGAUGGAGAUUCAGUUUCCGGUGGAGUUAGAGAAGGAAUUAGAGCGAGAAGUGUCUCCUCUGGUGUCGGCGAUGGGAAUGGGGAAAGGUGUUGGCCCUCGUGGAUCGGAGAUUCCGAGCCCUGAGUUAGCCCAGCUGAUCGUUUCCCAUCUCUGCUUCCGCCACAACCAUCCUUCCCUCUGGAAGUUUCUCCACAGUGCUCUGUCUUCUCGCCUCCUCUCUCCCAUCCAUGUCCUCGCGUUGCUCACUUCCAGAGUGAUUCCUCAACGAUGCUCUCAACCAGAAGCAUACAGGCUAUAUCUCGAGCUUCUUAGCAGAUAUGCAUUAUCAUUUGAUCUGUCUAUGCCAGAUACUUCUAAACUGAAGAUAUUAGAAUCUGUAGAUGCUGAAUUACAGCUUUCUCAGACUUAUGGGGCUCCAGUGAGGGAUCUUGGGCAUGCAUUUGUUUUGUUCUUUUUCAACAUUGUCACCUGCUUAAUUGACAGUUCAUUGGAUGAUUGGGGAUUGCAAAUAACAUCUUUAGAUAAGCCAGGUGGAGCAGUUGCAAGCAUGGACCAUCAGCACAUGGACAUAGACUCCUAUGGCAGUUAUCAAAUUGAAAGGAAUGAACACCAUCAGCAGAUGAGGCAGAAGAAUUCUUUUAUGGCUAUAGAGGUUCUAGAAAGACUAACUGAAAGCACAAAAGCAAUUGUUCUACUUAGGCUUGUUUAUCUGAACAUGCCUGAAAAGUUUGAUGGUCUCAUUCAAAGACUGCAGUUCCUUGAAGCAGAUAAGUUGAUAUUCUCAAACCUUAAAUCUGCAAACCAGCUUUUGGAAAGAUUGUCUGCCAAUGUCAAGAAAGUUCCAUCUUUUAAAUACCAGUUAAAGAACCAGCAGCUUAUCAGAAUGCUGGUUAAUGUUAGAUCAAAUAAUCCAGUCUCUUGCUGCAAUUUUGGUUCCAGUUCAUCAAGCUGUUGGGUGCCUUUUGAUAUUUUCAUGGAGAAUGCAAUGGAUGGGAAGCAACUUCUCAUCAAAUCAGCUAUUGUUAUUCUGACAGAAAAAAUUUACACUCUCAAAGUGUAUAACCAGGCAAGCUGGCAAGAAACCUUCCUAGCACUUUGGCUUUCAGCCCUUCGGCUUGUUCAGAGAGAACGUGAUCCUCCAGAAGGUCCUAUUCCUCAUUUAGAAGCUCGUCUUUGUGUCCUUUUGUCUAUUGUGCCCUUAGCAAUUGCAAAUGUGUUGGAGGAUGAAGCCAAGUUGCAUCCUUCUGUUCAGGAAUCUGGGUAUAAUGGAAUGGAUGGGAAAGGAUAUGGUGAAAGAAAUCUUGCACUUAUUUCCUCUCUCCAGCUGCUUGGAAACUUUUCUGGCCUCUUAUGCCCUCCAGCAUCUAUUACUACAGCAGCUAACCGUGCUGCUGCAAAGGCAGCAAGUUUCAUUUCCAUUUCCAAGAAUGGCAAAGAUGGUUUAGGCAGUGGCACCCCUACUGAUAGUUUCUUAGAUAAUGGUGGCAACAUGAGGCACCUCAUUGUGGAAGCUUGUAUUUCAAGAAAUUUGAUCGACACAUCAGCAUAUUUUUGGCCUGGUUAUCUGUCUUCUUCAGUUGUCUCUCUAUCUGAUAUAACACCAUCCCAGAAAUCUCCUUGGUCCACAUUUAUGGAAGGAGCUCCUUUGACUGAUUCUCUUGCAGAUUUGCUUUUCACAACUCCUGCUUCAAGUUUAGCGGAGAUAGAGAGGUUAUAUCAUAUUGCGCUGAAUGGGUCAGCAGACGAGAGGCCAAUAGCUGCAAAGAUUCUAUGUGGGGCAUCACUCAGUCGUGGAUGGAAUAUUCAGGAACAUGUGGUGAACUUUGUUGUCAAACUUCUUUCCCCUCUUGUUCCUCCUGGCCAUAUUGGACCAAGGAGUCACUUGAUUGAUCAUAUGCGAAUGCUAAGUGCUAUUCUUUUUGGUGCUUCCUCCGUUGAUACUGUACAUAUUCUUUCUUUGCAUGGUGUGAUCCCUGAAGUUGCAGCUUCUUUAAUGCCUCUGUGUGAGACCUUUGGUUCUCUUACACCUACAUCUGGUAACAAAUCAAAGACAGGCGAUGAACCAUCAAUUUACAUGGUUUUUUCUUUAGCAUUUCUCUUUCUUCUGCGUCUGUGGAAAUUCUAUAGACCCCCAAUCGAGCAAUUUCCUGCAGGAGGAAUGGGACCUGAGCUAACUUUGGAAUAUCUUUUGCUGCUCCGUAAUAGCCGCAUUGUAAACCAAAAUGCUUGUGCACAAGAUGUAAAGGAUGGCAGUAUGGAACAACUUCGAUUUGCAUCAGAUAAGCCUGUAUACAUUGAUUAUUAUCCAAAAUUACGAGCUUGGUAUUGUCAAAAUGGAUCAUGUAUAGCUUCAACACUGCCUGGCCUUUGUAGUGGAAACCCUGUUCACCAAGUUGCUAACAAGAUUUUAAGUAUGAUUUACUUGAAAAUGACCAAAUCUGUAGCCUCAUCUUGUAAUUCUUCGACACCAUCUGGUAAUUCUUCAACCCCAUCAAGCAGCAACGUUUGUGGGUCCCCUGUGAAUGGUGGUGAAGAUGCUUGCCAAACACAUAUGCUCUCUGCUUGGGAGGUGUUAGAAGCCGUUCCCUUUGUCCUUGAGGCAAUAUUAACUGCUUGUGACCAUGGAACGCUUUCCUCUAGGGAUCUGAUAACAGGCCUAAGGGAUCUUAUCGAUUUCUUGCCUGCCUCUCUUGCGGUGAUUACUAGCUACCUUUCUGCAGAAAUCACUCGUGGUCUUUGGAAACCAGUUCCAAUGAAUGGAACAGAUUGGCCUAGUCCAGCAGCAACUCUUUUGUCUGUUGAAUCUGAAAUGAAAGAAUUACUUGCUUCUGUUGGUGUUCAUGUACCGAUCUGGUCCUCUGGGGCUUCUCCUCUAAUGCUUCCUUUGCCAGUCGCAGCUUUUGUCAGUCUAACUAUUACUUUCAAACUUACCAAGAACCUGGAGUACAUCCAUGCUGUUGUUGGUCCAGCACUGGAGAAUUGUGCAUCAGCUUGCGCUUGGCCAACAAUAAUUGGCUCUCUUUGGGCUCAGAAGGUUCGGCGCUGGCACAACUUCAUAGUUGUAUCAUGUUCUCGCUCAGUGUUUGGGCAAAGUAAAGAAGCUGUCGUCCAAAUAUUGAGGAGCUGCUUCACCUCAUACCUUGGAUCUCUUCAUAAUUCAAAUUCUUUGUCAACCAAGCAAAAUGGUAUUGAUGGUUUACUGGGCAACAUAAUUGCAACUCCUCCUGGUGUUUGUCCUUUCAUAGCACCAGGAAUCUUUUACCUUCGCUCCUGUAGGUUGAUGCCAGAUAUCCGGCAUGUGAAUGAUAUGAUUGUUGAGCUAGUAACAGAAUAUGCUCGAGAAUCAGCUGCGAGAUGGGCAAGCUCAGACACCCCUCGUGUGCAAUCUAGUCAAGCAUCACUGUCCCUUGCUGCUGUCAGGGCAAAGGAGGUGGCCACACUAGGUGCUAGCCUUCUAUGUGUGUCAGGUGGGUUUCUGCUGGUCCAAGAACUGUACCGGGAGACCAUACCUACCUGGUUUCUCUCCUUAAAGGAAGAGAAACCCGGCAAGGUGAGUGCUUUGGCACGUAUAAUUGAGGGAUAUGCAAUGGCAUAUAUGUUAGUGCUUUCAGGGUCAUUUGUAUGGGGUGUUGGGGACAAAUCACGUUUACAUUCGUUCUCUAGACGUGGCCGAAUUAUUGGGAUCCACAUGAACUUCCUGGCAAGAGUUUUGGAAGGGAACAUUUUGCUCUGCUGCGACCCACUUACAUGGAAGGCUUAUGUCUGUUGUUUAGUAAGUUUAGUAGUGAGCUGUGCUCCAGCAUGGAUUCAAGAAGUGAAACCAGAGACAUUACAGACAUUGGCAAGUGGGUUGAGAGGAUGGCAUGAAUGUGAGCUUGCUUUCUCUCUCCUCGAAAGAGGUGGGAUUUCUACAAUAGGAUUUGUUGCUGAACUGAUUGAUAUGAUUAACUGAGACGACUACAAACCUGCUAUUUCAUCUUUGAUCAGAAGAGUUAGUGCAUUCUAAAUGCAAAUUUAAUGCAUAGAUUUCUUCAGUUUUUUGGUAUAUCAGAAAGUCAAUUGCAAGAUUUAAAAGGUUGACAUUGACUUAAAAUUAAAAUUUUCAAGUUGCUUAACAUUAAAGUUCGAAAAAUGUU